AUGGUCGUUUCUUUUUAUCGCCAACAUGAAUUUAUGUGGACGUCGAAAACGAUGGAAUCAGCCUUCCUUCUCAUGUCAGUUGACGGGGGUAUACGCGGCCCUCAGACAAUGUCAAAACGUAGGUUCGGGCGGCAACAGUAUCACACUCAAGAUCAGUAUCCUAGAGAAUACCAUGACCGCGCGAUAAAACGUCCAAGAAAUGUCUAUAGCCGACCGAUAUUGCCUAUAUUUGAGCCAUCUGGCUUACUAGCCCUAGAAUCUAACAAUGAACAAGGCCUCGCGCUGAAACAUGUGGAGCCGCCGGAUGCGGUUUCGCCAGAAGCUUACUUUAAUCAAUGGAAAGUGGCGCGGCCUCAGCGCACACUCUUCGAGCUGUUUCUCUACAGAAAAGGUGCUGGAGAUCAGGCUUUCAAAUCAUGGGUGUUGGAAUCGAAAAGCGCAUACAUAAUCGGAAGAGAUAUGGGCCGUGUAGCGGAAGACCCAGACGAGGAGAAAGAGGUGGUGGUGGCGGAUAUCGGAAUCCCGGAAGAAUCGACCUCGAAACAACACUGUGUCUUCCAGUUCCGCCUAAAACAAGGGUAUCUGGUGCCCUAUAUACUAGAUCUCAGCUCUGCAAACGGUACGCUCUUAAACGGGGCCAUCCUUCCUUCUGCCAGAUACGUACAGCUGCACAGCGGAGAUGUGCUGGAGUUGGCCAACAAGAGUGACGCCACGGAGUACGAACUUGUAUUCGUGGCGGAGUAA